CGUCGGGAUAUGAUUCCCCGGAGUACAUCUCUGAUCAAGAUACUAGGAGAAACUGCCAUAAAAGAUUGCAAAUAGAACCACCAUCUGAUGAUUCAGAUUUAUCGUCUGAUGAAUCGACUCCGUUUAAGUAUUCAUCAUCUGAAGAUGACGAUAUUAGUAAUGAUAACGAUAUUGAUACGAUAGAAUCGAUGAAAAUAACCAGCGUGCAAACAUUGAUCGAUAACAUUCAAUAUAUUUUAUCGAUGCCAGAUUUAUGCGAUGUUAUGUUUAUCGUAGGCCCCCAAAGAGUUCCCGUCUAUGGACUGAAGUCUAUUCUGAGCACACGAAGCAGGUUAUUUUUCGUAAUGUUUUUGAAACACUCAAAAGAAACCAUGAGACAGAAGAAGAAAACGAAGAAAACAAAACACAACCAACCGGACAAGUGCAACAGAUUGACUAUCAUUAUAGAUAAUUAUGAUGCUGAUAUAUUCCGUACAUUUUUGUUGUUUGUCCAUUGCGGGUCGAUAGUAAUGGAACCAUCAACAGUUACUGGACUACUGUGUUUGGCUACGGAGUUUGAUAUUCCCGACCUGCGAAAUGCAUGCUGGGAAUUCAUAGAACGAUGCCUGUCAGUGCAAGCUUUUUCUUCUCUAUUGACGAAAGCAACAGUCUUUUAUGGCGACCACAAAGCUGCACAGAAACUUAGACUGAAGAUUUUGAGAAUUUCCACAAAGAAAUCGUCAACAUCUUCAACUGUUUUAAGAGACUCCCGUAUCCCUAAACAAGAUUCCCGCACUAGCACAGAGACAUUAGUUUGA